AUGGGUGCGUUGCUUGUUAUCGUGAUGCUUGACUUGAUCUGUGGCCCACCGGAUAAACAGUAUGUGAAGAUUACACAUAAUGCUCAUGGCUGCGAUAUCAUAAUUUACACAUUAAAGUUUUUCAGGCUUGUGUUUUUCUACGCCAUUAUCGUGUUGAUAGGUUCUGGAUUGUUUUUCGUGAGGCGGUUUUUGCUAGUAAGAGAGAAGAUAAUUGUGAUGAGUGUGAUGCUAGUUAAUAUAGCUUUUAUAGUGAUAUGGGAAGCAAACCCUUCUGAUAUAGAGUACGAGAAUUGGUAUGUUGACUUUCUGUUUGCAGACUAUAUCUGCUUUAUUAGUCUUUCUUGGCCUGUUCUCAGGACGCUUAUCUGGUUAAAGGGAGCUGCUAAGGGCGAAGGAAAGGGUGCUACGAGUUCUGCAAAGAUAAAAAUAUUUGAACACUUCUUUCUAAUGGUUAUGAUAUACUCUAGCCUUUGGAGGCAUGUUGUUUAUGUGGUGAAGAAGCGCAUUGCAGAUUCUAAUGCGAUAAAGGAAAUAUUAAGUCUUGUGUUUUGCAUGCUCACGUUUUACUUAUUCAAGCCAGUUAAGGAAUCCGAAUCUGUUGAGAUUAACGAUGUAGACGUACGUCAACCUGCUAAAGGUAAAAAAAGUCAAACGCCUCCUCAAACUGACGUCUCUUUUUCAUAUCAAUUACCGGAAGAUUUCAAUGGUGAAGCUAGUGUUUAG